UGGAUUUAGCUUCAGAUAGUUCGCCCAUGGAUUUGCUUUCAAUCUCUCCUUCGCACCCUUCAGCUUCGCCUGCCUCUCGCGGGCUUCCUCUCUCUUCUUCAAAGCCGUCUAUUUCCGCGUUUAAUUCCCAAAUCGCUAUUCCCUCGCGUCCCUAUUCUUCAAGAGCUUCACUCAGGUGCAUGCUAUCAUCCUCACCAAAGUCCCCUAAAACCCUAAACUUUGUGUCCAAACCUGAAAACUUCGAUGACAUUUUCAAAUUAUCUGCUCCUCAGACGCCUGCUACGGCCAUUAGGGGGGCCGAAAGUGAUGCGAUGGGGUUGUUGCUUAGGGAGAGGAUUGUUUUUUUGGGUAGCGGUAUCGACGAUUUUGUGGCUGAUGCAAUUAUCAGUCAGCUUCUGCUUCUGGAUGCUCAAGAUUCCAAAAAAGAUAUCAGACUCUUCAUUAAUUCGCCUGGUGGCAAUCUAAGCGCGACAAUGGCCAUCUAUGACGUGUUACAACUUGUGAGGGCUGAUGUUUCCACAGUUGCACUCGGCAUUUCGGCAUCAACAGCUUCCAUUAUCCUCGGUGGCGGCACAAAAGGCAAGCGUCUUGCUAUGCCCAACACACGGAUUAUGAUUCAUCAACCUCUUGGAGGUGCUAGCGGACAAGCUAUAGAUGUAGAAAUUCAAGCUCGAGAGGUUAUGCACAACAAAAAUAAUGUUACAAGAAUUAUAUCCGGUUUCACUGGUCGCUCAUUCGAACAAGUCCAGAAAGAUAUUGAUAGGGAUCGGUACAUGUCUCCAAUUGAAGCAGUUGAAUAUGGAAUAAUUGAUGGGGUAAUUGACAGGGAUAGCAUUAUUCCUCUGAUGCCUGUACCAGAAAGGGUUAAGUCGCCUCUGAACUAUGAAGAAAUAAGUAAAGACCCGAGGAAGUUCUUGAACCCUGAUGUCCCUGAUGAGGAGAUUUACUAGCAUUGGGCUAUGGAAAGCGGUAGUAAAAGAUGCUAACUUUUCUCAGGCUUGUCUUCGGAGAAAUUUGUUUUAAGAAUAGUGAACCCCUUAUUUAAGUUUUUGACUAUCUUGAUUAUUUAUCAUGUUGUAGCAUUGCAAAUUUAUGAUGAUAAAAUAGCUUGGUUUUUGCUUCAUUGCAAUAAAAAUUUGUUGUUAGUGGGCUAGGACCUUGUGUUUUUAUUA